ACUUACUUUAGAGAAUGAAACUUUUAUCAGCACACAACAUAAAGAUUGUUCGUCUAGAUAUAUACAUGUACUUACAAUGGAAGGCUUGCUUGUUCGCAGUACAUUGUUUCAAAAUAUUCACUCGAACAGGAAAUAAGAGAUGGAUAUACAGCAUAAAGAAACGGUAUUUUCCCAAACAGAGUCAGGGUCUGUCAUUUUUGAAUCGGUUGAAAUUAACCAUGAUCCUGCUCCGGAUGAUCUCACAAAUCGUGACAUAGCUCAAUGUGACGAUGACGAAGCUGACAAAUACAAUAUUUCAGACCAUGAAGUUUCAGCAGACGACACAAUUAGUCCAGGAGCAACUGGGAACGAUAUACUCGCCACAAGCGUUGCAUGUAUAGAUGAAAGCAGCACCUCUGAUAAAGCCGAUAAUGAAACCAGUAUAAGUAUCAGUAAUACGGACGAUGAUGAACAGCAGAAGACAAACAAAGAACCGUUAGUUGAAACAGGAUGUAUAGUUGAACAACCAUUAUGCAACACUUAUUCAGAACAAGCAGAAGAGCCUGCUGAAAAAGAUAAAAUCAUAGCGAUGGGUGGUGAAGAAGUAAACGAGCAAGUGGGAAAUAUGAUAUAUGAUGAUACUACAUUGGAAAAAGAUACUGAUGCAGAAGUAUCCCCCAAAGUCCAAGCACGAGAUCUACUGCAAAGAGCUUAUGAUAAUAGUAUGACAGACACAGAGGUAGGGGAAAGAGUUUAUAAUGACAUAGUUAAUGAUUCAGUUUCGGAAAGCAAUGUACUGUCACCUAGCCCUUUGUCACCAACUCAUGAACAUACCCAUGAUUCUUGCGAGAAAACACAAGGUCAGAUUUUGACGUCUGGUGGAAUAUUAGAAGUUCCUAAUUUACAUUCCAAAUCAUAUAUGAAACAUACUCCUACACCGGUGACUGAACAAAAUGAUACCAAUUCUUCCCAUAGUUCCUGUGGUAGUAGUAAUGGAUCGUUUCCACCAGGUUAUGACUAUGCAGUACGCAACGCAAGAAUCUACCCAGCGUUCACACAGAACAUAUCAGAAAAUGAAAAUACGAAUUUGUCCCAGACUUAUCAAGAACCUCCGCCUUGUUACCCUCAGGGAACUUUUUCUGGACCCAUGGAUCAAAAGACCACAGUUUCAUACCAAUCGCCUGGUGAAGUAAAUCAGAUUUCAACCGUUAUGUCACCAAAUAAUAGGUCUAUAGCAGAAUCAUAUCGUUCUAAUUCAGUAAAGUCGGAAACCAGCGACAUUGUUACACAAGCACAAUCAGGUCCCCCUUCCUGGAAUUAUUAUACACCAGUAACAGGCAUUUCAACAGGUGCUACAUGUAGUGAUUACGCUACCUUUUCAUCAUAUGCUGAAUAUGAAAAAUAUGAAAGACAGUUUGGUGUUCAGGCACAAAGCUUUCCUGACACCGAGUCAAGAGGGCCAACAGAUCCCAUGCUUCCUGUGCAAGCAGAUGCUGAGGAAAUGGCGGCCUAUGAAGCUCACCAGCAAUACUUAGCUUCCUGUGCAUCUACGUCAUAUCCUGGAGUAGCCAAACAAGAUGGCGCACAUACAGGUCAAGGCCAUUUCAAAGUUCCAUCAGCUACUAAUCAAAACCAAGAUACUCUUGUUGCUCAGUCUAUAAGAAAGCCAAAACGAGUUGUAGUCCCUGCAGACCCAAUGCGUUGGACAGUUAGUCACGUGAAGGAAUGGUUAGAAUGGACCAUCGGGGAGUACAGUCUAUAUGACGUCAUUGACGUUGGGAAAUUCCCAAAUGUUAACGGACGCGAGCUAUGUAACAUGCCACGUGAUCAGUUUGUGAAAGCCACUGGUCAAUUCGAGGCUGCAGAAAAGCUGAUGCAUCAUUUGGAAUAUCUGAGAGAAUCUUACAAAGCAGGGAAUGAUGGCACCUCGCCGUCAACUUCAGGACCAGAGCCGGGAUUCGGCAAGUCCUGGUCCCCUCAACAAAGUCCACCACCAGGUUAUCCAGCAGGCAUUGCUGGCUUUGGAAAGGGUGGGUUCGAAUCUCCACAUGCACACUGGAAGUCUACACAAGAUGCAUAUCAAAUUCUUGGGCCUAUUUCAGCGAGGUUCUCAAAUACUGGCGGAGGUCAAAUACAACUAUGGCAAUUUUUGUUGGAACUACUUUCUGACAGCCAGAACGCUCAGAUUAUUGCGUGGGAAGGGACUAAUGGCGAGUUCAAACUUUCUGAUCCGGAUGAAGUGGCGAGAAAGUGGGGUGAAAGAAAGAGCAAACCUAAUAUGAACUAUGACAAACUAAGCAGGGCGCUGAGAUACUACUAUGAUAAAAACAUCAUGACUAAAGUUCAUGGAAAGAGAUAUGCAUAUAAAUUUGACUUUGCAGGGCUAGCCCAGGCUAUGCAACCCUCAACACCGGAUCACACUGCUUACAAAUACCAGCAGGACAUGCUAAUGUCCGCGUACUCGUCACCAAAAUUAAACUUUAUUUCCCCAACACACGGCCCAAUAUCGUCAGCUCCUUCUCCCGGUAUAUUUGGGACGGGAAAUCCGUACCCUUGGCCAGCUACAACAACCGGGUUCUUUCCAUCGAGUAUUCCAAAUCACGUGAUGUCUCACGGGCACCUGCCGUCUCAUAUGCCGUCAUAUUAUUGAUUAAGAUUCAUUAUUAUGCAUUUUAUAUAGACGUAAAUCCUUGAGAAAGCAAUUCAUGUGUAAGUGACUAUGUAUAAACAUAUCAUUUCAUACCAUGUCACGUGGAAUUUAUGCAGUCUUUUGAAAAGUUUAUAUCUUUUGGUUCAUUUGAAAUAAUUUGCCAGUUUUAAACUGACUUAGACAUUAACAUAAAGCAUGCUAUAUAGUGUUUCAUUGCAGUUGAAGCGACUCAAACUUGAUUGUUUAAAUGUGUGUUCCAGAAUUCCAUGUUUAAGAAAACUUGAACAUGCCCAUUUAUCUGAACCAAUAUCCUAUGAUAUUUCUAUAAUAUUCUAAACUUAAUCUUGUUAAAAUGUGAUAUAAGAAUAUAAAUUCUGUAAGAAUAUAAAUAAACGAAAUUUAUAAGCUUUACAGUGAAUAGUGAUAAUGAACUAAUUUUGUCAACAUUGUCGAUUUUGUCGUAAGUUAACAUGAUGCAAAAUUAUUAACAAAAUCUGGGACAGUGCUAGUUAAUUUGGGAAAUCUUCCUAAAUAAAGCUACGCUUUAAAAUAAGAAGAUUCGAACUUUAAGCCAGAUUUUUCACUUUGAUUUCACAUUCCAUAACGUUAAAACAAGUGACGUCCAGUUUUACUGAAACGUGUACGUUUACGUAUAAAGGUCAUGUACAAAAUCUAUUGUAGUAGGAAAAAUAUGUUUUUCCUUUAUACAAUAACAAUGUAUGUGUAUAUAGAAAUAAUUGUACAUAUAUAUGUUAAAAUGUAAUUUUUUGUGCUAAUUUUUAAAUUAUUUGAAUAUUUAAUUAAAUUUGAUAUUUCACAGAAA